CCGUUGUUCAUUCGGCUGUCAACAUGCAGCCACUCAACGAGAAGCUAGAUGCGUUGAGGGAGCCAAAAGCGAAGCAUGUUGAAGCCGAGGCCACUGCAAGAAAGUGGAUCAAGUUCAAUACCGUCAGAAUUGUUAUGCCCUUGGUCGCUGGGUGUUCUGCGCUUUGGGCGACCCUUAAGUCCAUGUAAAAUAACUACCAGAGUAUGGUGCCUGAUAUAGGGACAGACUUGGGCC